AUGGCAGCUUUGAGUUCUACUUCAUAUCUGCAUUCACUUGUUGGCAACGAAAGACACUUCUUUUCGUGUAAAACAUCCCAAUUUUCAAAACCCUUGUCCAUAAGCCCUUCUCUGAAUAAACCCAGAUUCUCAGUUCCAUUUUGCACCAAGCAAAGCGAUCGUGACCAGAAGCUAACUAAACAAGAAUCUAAAAAAAAUGAAGAAAAAGAAGAUUAUUGGGUUGUUAUAGCCAUACGAAGCAAAUACAAUGAGAUUGUUAUAGUUGAUACUGUUGAUGCCAGAUAUCUCCUUGAUUCAACUAAGAAAACGCAUAGUGCUAUCAACAAGGGAGGCGAGAACUGGACUGAUUCUUAUUGGGAUGAGUUUGCAAGUUUGCCACCUAUUGUCCCUGACGGUCCCAUUGCCAUCUAUGGAUUGGGUGGUGGAACAGCUGCAAGACUGAUUCUUGAGUUGUAUCCUUCUACUCAGCUUGAGGGCUGGGAAAUUGAUGACAUUUUGAUUGAGAAAGCAAGAGAGUAUAUGGAGCUGUCUGAGCUAGAGAAGCUAACUUCAAAAGGCGGUAGUCUUCGUGUUCUGAUAGAUGAUGCUCUCUCUCUUUCUGAAGAUGUUUCAGGAAAAUAUGCUGGGAUCAUUGUUGAUUUGUUUGCUGAUGGGAAGGACUUAGAUCAGCUACAACAGAUACUUCAAAUGGUUAUGUUUACGCUGGUUAAGCUGACACUCGGAUCACAUAUUGAUCUUGGGAACAUUCCUUCAGGUGUGUCUCUUCCAGCGCUCAAGAGUCUCUUCAUCAACACCAUCUUUUUCACUUAUGGAGAUUUGUGUAAUGUGCUUCUUCCUGGUUGCCCAGUACUCGAGGAGCUGUCUGUACGUCACGUGAAUUGUGAAAGAAUCCCAUUCUGCAUAUCCAAUAGGAGCAUCAAGAAACUAUCAGUUUACUACAACUUUGAGACUGUGAUUACAGAUAUGCCCGGCCCUAUUGAAGAAGACGCUGGCUUGAGAGAUUUAAUCAUCUGGCUUCCUGAAGAGGUUCUAGGCAGCAUCUUGUCCUUACUUCCGACGAAACAAGCUGCAUCAACAUCUGUACUUGCUAAAAAGUGGAGGCAUGUGUGA